AUGCCGCAUCACCAGCACCCGGCCGCGGGCAUUCUCUUCGUCCUCUUCCUCAUCUGGAUGCUCUUCCCAGAAGCCGAUAACCAGACCCAGUCGCUAGCGUUGUCAGAUCUCGCCGCCGAGCGCCUCACGCAAUAUAGCAAUGCGCUCCAUGUCCUGAACACGACGAACUGGGGCGACUUUGCGCCGCCCGAGGCCACCGACUCGGACCCGGAUACGACGCCCAGAUACCUCAACCUCACCGGCUUCAGGGAGGAGGACGGGUUUGCGUGGGAGGACCUGGCCCGCUUCCGCGAGAGGGGCCUGCGGCUCAGUCGCCAUGCCGUUCCGGCCAUCGCGGGCCGGCAGCUCUGGGAUGUGGCGCAGGGAGAAGUCGUGUGGGCGAAUGCGUCUGGCACGCUUCACGGGGAAUGGGUGCGUCGGCCGGGCUCGGUCCCGAGAGGGUUCGACAGCUACAACCUCAGCCGGAGCGUCCCGUCCAUGGACUGGGUCGGAGACAGGGUCGAGUGGGCGCGCAACAUGACGGGCGAGACGGGCAGGAUGAUGCUUCGCCUUGAGGGCAACAAGACGGUGACGACCUACGACGACCUCGCCCAUGGCAGCGUGCCCCUCUCGGGCGGCGUAAUACGCAACGUCAAGGGCACCGCUACCAUCGAGGACACGACGGGCUCAGGCCUUAACUGGGAGAUGCGGCUGUGGGGCGUCCACUGGCCGCGGCAGGGCGUCGUUGUCAUGGCCACGACGAGCGAGAAAUUCGAGGGCAUCUUUGGGCUGCCGCACCUGACGCCCGGCGGCGACUUCUUCCGCUCGAGCCAGAUGCUGCUCAACCAGACGCUCAACCGCGUCGUGACCAAGAAGCACGCAAACGUAAACCUCGACCAGAACAUGCCCUGGAACUCGGACAUUGACAACCCGCUCUACACGGCGACGCCCUCGCCGCACUGCGAGUUCGUCAUGUACGCGCAGACGGACCCGGUCGAGGACGUGAUCCGCGCCAUCGAGUCGGAGCUGCAGAACCCCGAGGGCGCGCCCAUCCGGUCCGUCCCGCGACUCAAGAUGUCGGCCGUCAUCUACUCACCCGACUGCGCCUUCUUCCUCGAGACAAAGGGCCCGCCCGACUUCCCGCUGGGCGAGGCCGACCACCUUGUCGGCAUGAAGACGGAGGUGCACACGCAUCAGGUCAAGACGUGGAUGCUCAUCUACGCGCUCGUCGUCCUCGCCCAGGUGCGGCUGCUCAAGAACCAGAUGCAGGAGUCUUUUACGCCCUCUACCAUGGGCCGCGUCAGCUUCUGGACCAUCAGCGCCAUGGCCAUUGUCGACGGCAUGACGUUUACCGCCGCAGCGACGUGGGUCUCAUCGGCGGCGGCUACCUUCUUGCCGACCCUGGCCCUGAUGUUUGCGUCCUUCUUGUCUAUGACAAUUGGCGGCAGCUUCCUCGCUAAGAUCCACGAGGUGCAGCUGCCGGAGAGCCGCGGCCGCCGCGAUCCGGGCACGGGCUCGGGUCGGGACGCCAGCCCGCCCAGCAGCUCGUCGACGCCCGGCCUGGUGACGCCCGGUCCGCUGACCCCUGGCCCGUUGACGCCCCCCCUGACGGCGAGUCGUUCCAACUCGCAGCCAGUCAUCGUGCCCUCGGACCAGGACAUCGACGCCGAAAUCGCCUCCAACGCCGCCUCCGGCGCAUCCGCCGUGCCACGACCCCCCGUUUCCUCCUCCUCCUCCUCCUCCAACAACAACCCCCCGGCGCCGCGCCAGUCGCCGACCUUCCAGGCCAUGGUAGGUCGCUUCAUCCUCUUCAGCCUAUGCGUCUCCUUCCUCGCCAUCUCGUCGUCGACGUGGUACCCGCGCGCGCGCUCCGCCUUUCUCAACCUGUGCACCUUUGCCUACCUGUCCCUCUGGCUGCCGCAGAUCUACCGCAACACGGCGCGCAACUGCCGCCGCGCCCUGCGCUGGCAGUUUGUCGUCGGUCAGUCGGUCCUGCGCCUCCUGCCCGUGGCCUACUUCUGGGCAAAGGACGACAACUUUCUCUACGCGCGCACCGACCGCCCCGCCUUUGUCGUCCUCUGCGCCUGGGUCUGGGUCCAGGUGCUCGUGCUGGCCGCGCAGGAGGUCGUCGGCCCCCGCUUCGGCGUGCCCCCCGGCUGGACCCCCGAUGCUUGGGAUUACCACCCCGUCCUGCGCGAGGACACGGUCGAGGCCGGCGGCUUGCCCAUCGGCCUCGUCGCGGCUGCAGACGACGACGGCGCCGGCAGCAGACUCGCAUCCCGCCGCACCAGCCACGCCAGUGCCGCCAGCGGCGAGAAGCGCGGCAGCGUUGGCAGCGGCGUCGGCAUCGGCGGCGCCAGCGGCGCCAGCGGUAGCGUCCGCGCCAUCGACUGCGCCAUCUGCAGGGAGGUGCUUGAGGUGCCGGUCCUGACGGCCCGCGACGAGGACGCCAGCGUCGCCAGCGUCUUUGCCCGCCGCCUCUACAUGGUGACGCCCUGCCGCCACAUCUUCCAUACCACCUGUCUUGAGGGCUGGAUGCGCUUCCGCCUGCAGUGCCCGAUAUGCAGAGAGGAGCUGCCUCCCAUCUGA